CUUUCUUUUCCUAGGGAACCGAACUAGGUUCGACGAUCCUAUCUCCACUCCAUUGUUCCCUUUAUUCUCUCUUCUCCCCUCACGCGGAAAAAACCCAAUCCAAAUCCAAUGGCGGCUUCCGUGAAGGAUGUGCUGGCCGAUCUCGACCGGGACUCGUACGUCUCCCUCCUGACCAAGAUCGUGGGCGAGGCCCGCCACGUCCAGAACAACCCCCCCGACCUCAUCCCCAAGGAGGACCGCGUCGCCCGCCACGUCCUCGACGCCCUCCUCCCACUCAGCACCACCACCGGCGGCGGCCCUCUCAUCGUCUCCCAUGUCGUCUACGCCGAAGGCCGCGGCAACGUCAUCGUCGAGUACCCCGGCUCCGCCCCCGGUAAAAUCCUCUCCUUCGUCGGCUGCCACAUGGACGUCGUCACCGCCAACCCCACCGACUGGGACUUUGAUCCCUUCUCGCUGAGCGUGGACGGGGACAAGCUCCGGGGCCGGGGGACGACGGAUUGCCUCGGGCACGUGGCGCUUGUGACGGAGCUGAUGCGGCGGCUGGGGCAGACCAGGCCGGAGCUUAAGAACACCGUUGUCGCGGUGUUCAUCGCCAAUGAGGAGAACUCGUCGGUGCUGGGGAUCGGCAUCGAUGCCCUGGUCAAGGACGGGUUGCUCGAUAAAUUAAAGGCAGGACCUUUAUUUUGGAUUGAUACGGCUGACAAGCAACCGUGUAUUGGUACUGGGGGAAUGAUAGCGUGGAGGCUCCGAGCCACAGGGAAGCUUUUCCACAGCGGUCUUGCCCACAAGGCUAUCAACCCGCUGGAGUUAGCCAUGGAAGCACUUAAAGAGAUUCAGUCACGAUUUUAUAGAGACUUCCCUCCACAUCCUAAGGAAGAGGUUUAUGGCUUUGCCACACCAUCAACAAUGAAACCAACUCAGUGGAGUUAUCCUGGAGGUGGUGUCAAUCAGAUUCCAGCUGAGUGUACUAUAUCGGGGGAUGUAAGGUUAACUCCUUUCUAUAGCACAACAGAUGUGGUCAAGAAAUUACAGGAGUAUGUAGAUGAUAUAAAUGCCAACAUAGAGAAGCUAGAUUCACGUGGCCUAGUAUCAAAAUAUGUACUUCCAGAUGAAAAUCUGAGAGGAAGGCUUACAAUCACUUUUGACGAGGCUGUGAUGUCUGGGGUUGCUUGCAAUCUUGAUUCUCGUGGUUUUCAUGUCUUAUGUAAAGCAACUGAGGAAGUGGUUGGCUAUGUGAAGCCCUACUCGAUCACGGGAAGCUUGCCAUUGAUUCGAGAGUUACAGGAUGAGGGUUUUGAUGUGCAAACUUCUGGAUAUGCUCAGGGAUUAGCAUGGAGUUGCCAUCUAUGUUUCAGAGAAACUCGAGAGGAGAGGUCGCGAAUGGUGCUUUACUUGAAUCGCCUUCGCAAAUGGGUCUUUAUUAGCCUUUGGGUUCUUUCAGAAUGUAUAUGAAAUUGAGGUGUAAUUGGUACAUGUCAAGGAAGAAGGCAUUCUAUGAACAAAGGAAGUGAAGUAGGUAAAGGUGGACAAAGAAAUGCUAAGAGAAGUGGCAGUCGGGCUUUCUUGCAACUUGCACACUUAUAAUUAGGUUUGUCUUCUUGAUGUUGGAUCUUAGGCAGUUAGGAUUAUGUCAUCCUAAAUUAAGUGUCUGAACAAAGGUAACAGUGGAUCUUCAUUGUUCUUAAGCAACUCUGGAUGAUGUGAAAGUGUUCAAAUAGAUGAAUUUGAUUGGUGGAUAUUGAUUUUCUUUUCAAAGUUUGUAUAGGAUUUUUGACUAUCAGGAAUUCGUUUUAAGUUUAGAU